UGUGAAGAUUUGGUCCGGCAAUGUUGAAGGAUUUCUAUUAGCGACAGACGUUAGGAAUGAUUGCUUUUUAUUAUUAGCAGAGGUGAAAAAUUCUACAUCUGUUCCUGUUUCGACUAUUGCUUUGGUUAUUCCAAUAACAACGCCAGAGGAAGUUGUUUUAGCGAUAGGAAGAGGAGCUGGAAUGUUGGAUGUGUGGAUUUAUGAUAUAUCGAGCAAGAAGCUUCGUUUUGUUGCGAACUGUAAUGCCCAUGAACAAGUGGUAACAGGUUUGGCUUGGGCUUUUGAUGGUGCUUGCUUGUACAGUUGCAGUCAGGAUAAUUCAAUCCGCAGAUGGAUUUUUCGUGGGGAUUCUCUAUGUGAGGCACCUUUAUCUUCGAAUUCUGCUGCUUCUGAAGCAUCUAAUAAUAAUCUUUCCAGUGUUUCUGAUCUAUGCUUUGGGCUUGCACUUUCCCCUGGAGAGCAGAUGGUUGCUAUGGUCCACAGCUUUGAUGCCAAUCUUCAGCACCAAAUGUAUGAGAAGAGGUCCCAGAGAGCCGUUGUUGAGUUUUUUUGGAGUGGUGGCCAAUCUUUUGAGGUUCCAAAUGACAGUAGACUUGAUGGUUGCAGAUUUGAAGCCAUAAGCUGUUUGUCUGUGCCGGAGUUUACCUGCUGGGAAAUCAAUACCUUGGGGUUUUUGAAAUCCUUAGAAAAUGUGAAUAAGCCAAUAGUGAUUUGGGACACAUUAACCUUGUUACGAAACCUUAGGAAAGAUUUUCCUGUCUUGGUUGAGAAUAUGAUAACUAAAUGGAUAUCCAGCUGGUUUUCAGGUCCAGUGAGUGAUUCACUUGAGGCUAUAUUGUUUCGUGACCAGGAUAAGAUUUUGAUGGUUAGUUCUCGUAAAAUUCAACUGCUAAACAUUAUCUGCAGAAGGGUGAUGCUUAGUGAAAUGGGGAUUGAUUCAGUUAAAGAUUAUCAAUUUAAACACAAUAGAUCAAGUAAUAAGGGAAGUAACUCAGAUUCAUGGAAUGAUUUGCUCAUUAAAAGUGAAGGUGAGCUACAAGAACGUCUUGUUGCUUUUUCUUUCCAAGUUGUUCUAAAAAAUACAGCUAAUUCUCAAUCAACUGUUGGAGAGAGUGCAUAUUGGUCUCCUGUUGGACUAGCACAGAUGGAACGAUGGACUGCCAUUAACGAUCAAAAGAUUCAUAGUCAGCUUAGGCUUCUUGGAUCUGAGGUUGCUGAAUGCAGGAGCAG